ACUUUGAGGACGUCCCUUAUCCGUUGGCUCGCUGGUGAGAGUCGUGAGGAGCGGCAGGCCCGUCGACUAGGGAUUCUGGGAGCAACUCGAGAAGGGAUAGAAGACAUUGGCCGGCGCGUUGGCGAGGCUGAGUUGUGCGCUGAGGUCUGCAUCGGCAAUGGGGCGGCUCUUGAGGAGGCUGGUGUGAGUCCGUUACUUCCGCUAGUUGAUCACGUGUGA